ACCAUACCCCCGCCGCUUGGGGAACUGAUGCUGGGAUGCGCCGACUCCGAGUGAAUGCAGCGCAGCUCAGAGCAGAAUUUCCAUUCGGCAGCGCGUACAGCGCUAUUUAUUGAGAAAGGCGUUGCAAGGACAGCUCUUCAUUGCGUUCCAGUGUCCGCUCAGGUACUUCUGUAUCGCAGGGAAACCUUUGCUGUUUGCGUACUUUAAACUUAUAAUGUUUCUUCAGAUACGCUUGUCAAACAAAAGCCACAAUAACAAUGCGGGAAGGUUUUCCUUUGGUAACAUGAGCUUGCGCUGAAUUGCCCUAGCUCACAUUAUAUCGCCACACACCAAUAGUCAUGCCUGCUUCACUACAAACUUACCCCAUUUACAGUUAUGGUCCCGAUGGCCUUGGAAUUCCCAGACUGCAACAGGAGUUCUGAUAUUUUUUGCUGAAGCCUCAUUUGAGUAUUUGAUUAUUUCCAUUGGAUGUGCUUGCUGUAGACAUCAAUGUCCUUUUAAGCAGCGCUAAAGAUGACAAUGUAUAAAGUAACUCUCUGCACUCUUGCAUUCACUGCAUGUGACCUUAUUUUGUCCUCCAUUUUGUACAUAUGCAGUUGUAAAAAGCCCAGCAUUAUACAAGAUGUACUGGGUUUUAAUAUGUUUUAUUCAAUGCUGGAUGUUUGGGGGACUUCAAUACUCAGGGUUUGCAUAUGUGUUGGUGCUGUGAUUGGUGUCUUAAGAAACAGAAAACAAGGCCCCCAAAGACUUAAAGCUUCUAUAAUAGCAAUAACCUUGUUAUGCUACCUCAUUGCUGCCUACACUAUGAUAAAGCUGCUGCUAUAUUCUGAGUAUGAAAAGCCAGUACAGGAUCACUGGUUUUGGAGUCUUCUUGCAUGGACUUGGAUAUCAUCAGCCGGUACACUUUGCUUGUGGAUUCAGAUGAGUAAGAUUGUCCCAUACUGGGAAAACUGCAGGCUGCAUUCUCACAGUAAUGGUAACCAGGAUCAGGAGCACAGCAACAACCAAACACAGAAGACAAAAACGAAACUUUCUGGAACAAAUAUAGGAAAAUUGUUGUCCUAUUCCAAACAAGAUGCUGUAUACCUUAUCUUAGCUUUUUUCUUUCUUCUUCUAUGCACUUUAGGAGAAAUAUUUAGUCCAUAUUACACAGGGCUGGUCAUAGAUGGGAUUGUUGUCCAAAGAAGUUUGGAGCAGUUUUCCAGUGCAAUUGUUCUUCUGACACUCCUGGCUGUUGCAAGUGCAUUCUCCUCUGGAGUACGAGGGGGUCUAUUUACCUUUACUUUUGCCAGACUGAACAUCCGUAUACGUAACCUGCUCUUUCGCUCACUGCUGUCUCAAGAAAUUGGUUUCUUUGAUGAGAACCACACUGGAGACAUCAUCUCUCGUUUAACCUCUGAUACAACCAUUGUCAGUGAUGUGGUUUCUGAGAAUGUAAACAUCUUCCUGCGUAGCCUGGUUAAAGCAGUAGGAGUGAUUGCCUUCAUGUUCAGCCUGUCAUGGCAGCUCUCCCUACUGACUUUUAUGGGUUUCCCCCUCAUCAUCAUGGUUUCUAGGGUGUAUGGCAAAUAUUACAAGAAACUUGCUAAAGAAGUCCAGACAGCUCUUGCACAAGCCAACAGCAUCGCAGAGGAGACAAUUUCUUCCAUGAAAACUGUUCGUAGUUUUGCAAAUGAAGAUACUGAAGCCUGUGUGUACAAAGAGAGACUGCAGCAAGUCUAUGCCCUGCACAAAAAAGAGGCCAUUGCAUAUACAUAUUAUGUAUGGUCUACUGGGUUCACUCAACUGGUGUUGCAGAUUAGCAUUUUGUACUAUGGAGGUCACUUGGUUAUUUCAGAACAAAUGACCAGCGGUAACCUUAUUUCCUUUGUUAUUUAUGAAUUUCUCCUGGGCGGAUGCAUGGAGUCUGUUGGCUCUGUCUAUGGCGGGUUGAUGCAGGGCGUUGGAGCUGCAGAAAAAGUGUUUGAGUUCAUUGAUCGAAAACCAAAAAUGGAAAAUAAUGGGACCUUGGCUCCUGAACAUUUGGAGGGUAAAGUGGAGUUUAGAAAUGUCACUUUCUCAUACCCCACAAGGCCCACCUCUUUGGUGUUGCAGAACUUGUCCUUUAAUCUGUAUCCUGGCAAAAUUACUGCCCUGGUGGGUCCCUCUGGAAGUGGAAAAAGCUCUUGUGUGAAUAUCUUAGAGAAUUUCUAUUCUGUGCAAGAUGGAGAAGUUUUACUAGACGGUCAGCCUAUUAAAAUGUAUGACCACAAGUAUCUUCAUGCAAAGAUAUCCAUGGUUAGUCAAGAGCCGGUGCUCUUUGCACGUUCCAUUGAGAAUAAUAUUUCCUAUGGACUGAAUUCUGUGCCAUUGGAAUCAGUUGUAAGUGCUGCAAAAAGAGCCAAUGCACACUCUUUCAUCAUGGAGCUUCAAGAAGGAUAUAACACAGAAGCCGGAGAGAAGGGUGCCCAGUUAUCUGGGGGCCAGAAACAGAGAGUGGCAGUAGCACGUUCUUUAAUCCGAAAUCCUCAAGUGCUGAUACUGGAUGAAGCAACAAGUGCACUUGAUGCUGAAAGCGAGCAUGCUAUCCAGCAAGCAAUGAACAGUGACCUACAGAACCGCACAGUGCUAAUAGUAGCUCACAGGCUGAGCACUAUAGAAAAAGCACACAACAUAAUUGUUCUAGACAAGGGCCAGAUGGUACAGCAGGGUAGCCACAGUGAGCUGAUGGAACAAGGAGGACUUUAUUCACAUCUUGUUCAGCGGCAAGUCUCAGGGAUUGAACCUGCUUCAGAAGAAAAAGGAUCAUACCAGGGCACCCAUCAGUGCAGAGCCCACUGCAGUAUCAUGGAGCUACCCCACAGUCCGUCUGCUGUAGAUAUACGACUAUAGCACACUGCAAACAUUGUUCAGUGACAUAAUAAUGACUUCAAGGGUGUGUCAGCUUUCUAAUGUACACAAUGCUUUAAUACUGUAUCAGGAUGCCCAAACGGUGGCCCUACAGCCUUAGUCCAGCAGUAAAAGUAAUACUUUCCGCUAA